AAAUGAAAAACCCUAAACCCUGACCUGGAAAGUACUGAAACACUGAAGUGAAACGAGGAGAGUAAUGUUUUUUGGGGUCAAGUUUUAGUCAUUGUGUUUGUGGGGAUUCAACCAUCUACUAGCCAAGACGGGUCUGCCUGUGUGGAUGUUGGGGUCGGGCCCCGACCGGUUGCGAGCCGACGUCAACCGUUUGCUCGCUUUUCUCUUCCACCAGGGGAUAUUAGAUGAGCAAUUCUUGCAACUUCAACAGCUUCAAGAUGAGAGCUCUCCAAACUUUGUUUCCCAAGUUGUCAACAUCUACUUCCAAGAGUCGGAGAAGCUUUUGAGGAACCUCAGAUCAUUACUGAUGGAGAGGAAGUUGUCGGACUACAAGAACAUUGGAAUCCAUAUAAAUCAGUUAAUGGGAAGCAGCUCCAGCAUAGGUGCUAAAAGGGUCAGAAACGUUUGCGUCGCCUUUCGCGCUGCUUCUGAUCAGAACAACCGUACUGGGUGCCUGAGAGUUUUAGAAGUCUUAGAGCAUGACUACUGUUUUCUCAAGAAUAAAUUGCAUGAACUUUUCCAGAUAGAGCAGCAGAGAAUACUAGCAGGUGGAGUUGGAUACCCGAUGCAGAACUAAAUCAAAGCUUAAUAUAUAUAUAUAUAAACUAGUUAAUGGCAUAACAUGGGGAGUUGUACUGUUAGUAGAGAAACUGCAACCUGUGAGUUUAGUGUAGAGUCAUUCAUUCUUUGAUUUUUUUAAUUAGUUGUAGUGGCAGCUGGUAUUCGGGGGGAAAAUCGAAAACAAUGUAAAAUGGGAUUGGGAUUGGGAUUGGGAUUGAGGAGGGGAUACUGUUUUUAGAUGCUUGGUUUGAAAAAAAUGAGAAACUGUGAAGCUUUAAUUGCCAACUCAGUGCCUUUUUCUGUCACGG